UUGAAGGGGAGUGAGCAAGGAAGUUUCCUGUCCAUAUCAAGCUCGUUACGUUCAGCAUUCUUUCACAUAGAUAAGUCCCUAGAUUUAUCGGCCAGAAUAAUGUGGAGAGCAGGGGUUGACACCAAGAUGAAUGUAGGUAGUGCUGGAGAUGAUGAUGACUGGGAAACAGAUCCUGACUUUGUGAAUGAUGUUUCUGAACAAGAACAAAGAUGGGGAGCCAAGACAAUUGAAGGAUCUGGACAUCAGGAGUCUCUGAAUAUAAAGGAUCUUCGAAAAGGUGUAGCACAGGACCAUGCAAAGAUUAAACAAGAUGAAAGUGAGAGAGGUCCUAAAGCUUCCUAUGGUUAUGGUGGGAAGUUUGGAGUGCAAAAAGACAGAAUGGAUCAGUCUGUCGUUGGAUUUGACUAUGAGGGGAAGGUGGAAAAGCAUGUAUCACAAACUGACUAUUCUACUGGAUUUGGUGGCAAAUAUGGUGUUCAGAAGGACAGAGUUGACCAGGCUGCUGUUGGAUUUGAAUAUGAAGGCAAAACUGAGAAGCAUGCUUCACAACAGGAUUACUCUAAAGGAUUUGGUGGUAAAUAUGGUGUUCAAAAGGACAGAGUUGACCAGGCAGCAGUUGGCUAUGACUAUGAAGGCAAAACUGCAGCACAUGUUUCCACAAAAGAUCACUCCAAAGGAUUUGGUGGCAAGUAUGGAGUCCAAAAAGACAGAGUUGAUAAGGCAGCUGUUGGUUUUGAUUAUGAAGGGAAAACAGAAGCACAUGCUUCCCAGAAAGAUCAUUCCAAAGGGUUUGGUGGAAAGUAUGGAGUCCAGAAGGACAGAGUAGACAAGGCAGCUGUUGGCUUUGAAUACCAAGGAAAGACAGAAGAACAUGCUUCACAAAAAGAUCAUUCAAAAGGCUUUGGAGGAAAAUAUGGAGUACAAACAGACAGAGUUGACAAGUCUGCUAUGGGCUUUGAAUACCAAGGCAAAACUGAGGAACAUGCCUCUCAGAAAGAUCACUCUAAAGGUUUCGGUGGUAAAUUUGGUGUCCAGACUGAUAGACAAGAUGCAUCUGCUGGAGGUUUUGAUGAAAUGCAAGAAGUAAAAUCAACUUACCAGACAGCAAAACCACGUGCAGGGUCUGGAGCAGCAGGCAACUUGAAAUCAAAGUUUGAGAACUUAGCCCGAGAGCAAGAGGAGGAAAACAAGAGACGAGCAGAAGAAGAGAGAGCUCGGCGACAGGCGAGAGAACAAAGAGAGAAAGAGAUCAACGAAAAAAGGCAUGCAGAGCAAGAGGCACGCGACAAAGAGGAGGCUGAGGAAGAAGCCCGUCGUCAGGCAGAGGAGGAAGCCCGUCGUCAGGCGGAGGAGGAAGCCCAACGUCAGGCCGAGGAAGAAGCUUGGCGAGAGGAAGAAGCGGCCAGGCAACAACAAGAAGCUGAAGCACAGCAAGAGUAUGAAGAAACCGAAGCUGAAGCGACCUAUGAAGAGACAGGGGAACCAAGAUAUGAAUCAGAACCUACAGAUUUCUACGAAGAAGUUACCCAAGAACAGCAAACAACACAGGAAGAGGUUAGCGAAGGAGGCGAAGGAAAGAAUGCGACAGCUCUGUAUGAUUAUCAAGCAACUGCUGAGGAUGAGAUAUCAUUUGACCCUGGUGACGUCAUCACUGACAUUGAGGAAGUGGAUGAAGGAUGGUGGAUGGGAACAUGUAACGGAAGUCGGGGACUGUUUCCGUCCAAUUAUGUAGAAAUGAAUUAAUGAACUCCGUCGCUCCGAAACACUGAUUCUGUACGCAAGAAGAGUAAUCCAGAACAGUAUAACUUUCAUUGGUGGUGAUUUUUGCUACGAAACUGAAUUAGGAUUUCUUAAAAUAACAAAAAUAUGAAAGUUAAAGCGAUUACUGGCAUACUUUAUGGUAGACGGUUACCGAUAACUGAAUUUUUGAGCUUAAGUUUUUUAAAGCAUCUAAACAGUUCUACAGAAUAUUGAAGAUCCCUUGACUACACCGCAACAAAUGUCUGCAGUCAUUUUCGUGAAUUGUUAAUUCACCGGUAUUACGAUGAGCAUUUUUUUACUGUCUAAUUAUUUUUUUAUCGCUGAGCAACACGAAUCCUAAUGUUAAAAUAAUUACAAAAUAAUUUUCACUAAGCAUAUUGUACAUCUCGUCCAUAGAUGGGCAAUGAAGUAAUGAUAAAAAAAAGGAAAAUCGUCGGUGUUUUAAACCGCGUCAAACGAUAUCCUCAUCAUAGCACUAUUUUGACUCCAAUUGAAACCUCGUCCGUUACUGGAAGUACCAAUUUUCGACAUGUUUUUGCGGUGAAGUUGAAAUCUUUUGUAAUUACCAAAAGUUUUAUUAGUAAAAGAAAAGAUCUUGCUUCA